GAAAGAAAGAAAAAUGAACAAGCUGGGAUAUGCACGUAAGGAGAAAGUUAAGGAAUUCAUGUCUGUUACUGGGGCAACUGACAAAAUCGCGCUUCAGUUUAUGAAGACGAAUGACUGGCAUCUCGAAGGAGCAUUGGAAAAAUAUUACAGCCAGGAACAUAUUAAGGAAGCCAUAGAAAAAAACCGAUGGGAAAUGCUUUUCAAUAAGUACAAAGAUCCGAAUGUUGACAUGAUUUUGGCUGAUGGAAUUAGCCGCCUCUGCGAUGAUCUUCAGGUUGAUCCUCAGGAUAUCGUUAUGUUAGUUCUUUCAUGGGAAUUGAAAGCUGAAAAUAUAUGUGAAUUUUCCAAACAGGAGUUUAUUGGAGGCGUACAGUCUCUUGAAAUCGAUUCAUUGGAGACGUUCAAGAAAACAAUGCCAAAUUUGCGCGCUCAACUAAAAGAUGAAGACACUUUUCGCGAUGUCUACAAUUUCGCUUUUGAUUGGGCAAGGGAGAAGACUCAGAAAACUUUGGCCUUGGAGACAGCACUCGCGCUGUGGCAUUUGUUGUUUGCAGAGUUGGAGUGGCCGUUGAUUGAUCAAUGGUGUAAGUUCAUCCAGGAGCAUCAUAACAAGGCUAUCACACGCGAUGUUUGGUUACAGCUACUGGAAUUUGCAAGGACAGUGGACGCCACUUUAUCAAACUAUGAUGCUGAAGGAGCUUGGCCUUGUCUUCUUGAUGACUUUGUUGAAUACUUGUACGAAACUGGUACUUGUGUAAAAAAUUCAGAUUAGUGAUCAAUGAGAACCAGAGACACUCGUGCAAUUCUGCAAUCAUUUUCUAUAAUAUGAAAUAUUUUUUUUCUAAACUCUUUUGCCUCCUAUCAUUGGUAAAAAGUUUCGAGCGAGCACACAACAUAACAAAAAUAACAGAUGUAUAAAAUAUCAAAAUUUGCAUAAAAUAAGACUCCUAGCUAGUCUAUUUGCGGUAACAAAUGUAUAGAAUAACAGGAUCUUAAAACAGUUUUUAAGAGUAAAAUAAAUAUUAAUUGAGGAAACUUUCUGACUAAAACAAA